UAUGAGUUAUCGGGUAAAAGUAAAACUCCCCACCUUUUUUCAAUUUAGUAUUUUUUUUUAUCUUCCUAAAGUUUUCACUGUUUUCUUUCUAAAAUCGAGCUUUCACUAAAUCCCUAAAUCCCCAAUAUUUAGGGAUUUUCAAAAUUAGGGUUUUACUUCUUAAAAAAAUUUAGAGGAAUUUGGGGUUGGUAAUUGAAGAUGGAAAUAGUUGAGGCUAAGAUAUUUGUGGGAGGUAUAUCCAAAGAGACAAGUGAAGAUGUUCUUAGAGCUCACUUUAGCAAGUAUGGCACAGUUUUAAACUCUCUUGUUGCUAGAGAUAGGGUUUCCAAAAAUCCCAGAGGUUUUGGAUUUGUUUGGUUCUCUGAUUCUUCGUUUGCUGAUAAAGCCCGCCAUGAUUCUCAUGUAAUUCUUGGUAGAACGGUGGAAGUGAAGAAAGCAAUUCCCAGAAACGACUAUCAUCAGUACCAACAGCAGUGGCAACUCUCCGACCAACAAAAGAAUAGUAGGUUGAGCAAUAGUAGUAAUGGGAUUGAUUACUUUAGAACUAAAAAGAUCUUUGUUGGGGGUUUAUCAUCUACUUUAACUGAAGAACAGUUUAAGAAUUACUUUGAGAAGUUUGGUAAGACAGUAGACGUAGUUGUGAUGCAAGAUACUGUAACUAACAGACCGAGGGGCUUUGGGUUUAUCACCUUUCAUUCCGAAGAAUCUGUCGACAAAGCUAUGGAGAAAAUUUUCCAUGAGUUGAAUGGUAAGAAUGUAGAGGUUAAGAGAGCUGUGCCGAAAGAUGAAAUUAAUGGGAUCACUAACAAUAUUACAAAAGGUGGUGUAAGAGGGUCGUUUACUAAAGGUUCAGAACCUGGGAAUUACCUCUCUUACGGUUUCGGGUAUGAAAUUCCAAGUCUUUAUCCUGUUUAUGUGUAUAAUGGUAGUUGUUUUGGAGGGUAUUCUUAUGGAACAAGCAUCGACGGAACCUAUCCUGUGGUAGAAUACAGCAGAUCUUGCUUUGGACCUACACCGGUUGUCUUCAGGAGCCCUUGGAAUGGAGCUACAAUGUUUCCCUCAACCUACAACAAUACUUUUCUUUAUCCGACAAACAUUAAUGGUGGUGUUAAUAUGAUGGGCCAUCCUAAUGGGAGUGGAAAAUUGAAUGAGAUAUCUCGUGGCAAUGUACAGCAGUCGUCUGAGGAUACAAGACCCUUAGUUGAACGCAUGAAAAAGUUAGGAGUUGAUUCUUCAGGCUUGAAAGGUAGUGAUGGUGUCGCUUCCAGCUAACAAAGUGAUUCGGUCUUAUGGCAGCUUAAAGUAUUCUCUGUUUAGAUAGUUCUAGUUGACUAUUCUGUACAAUCUCUUGCACAGUGGAGGCUUAGGAAAUUCUUUCGCUGAUUAAGUCAUGACAAAUUAACCUUUGUUGUUCAUAUGUCUAUUUGUCAUGGCCAAUUUACUUCAUGAAACUGUUGCUAUCUGUGUGUCUUCCAUUGUUUCUCCGUUGUAGAUAUGUCUGUCCUGUCCUAACAUCUAUAUCUUUUAUUUCAUUAAAUCUUAUUGUUA